GGGUGCUGUGAUGUGUGGGGUUGCCAUGGCAGUUAAGUGGGGGCAGGGCACCUAGGGCCUGGAGCAGGACUAUGGAAGUCACCAAGAAAGUGGGGGCCCCUGAUCCAUCAGGCUCCCAGGGCCACCCCUCAGCUGGCAGCCAGCAGCUGAGCAGUGACCCUAGAGGGUCCCAGGGACCAUGGAUAAACUCAGGAUCUGUAUACUUGAGGCAGGGGUUGUCACUGUCCACCGAGGCCAUCCUUGAUGGGGCCUAUGGCUCAGCCUCCCAGGCCCAUACCCACGAGCCCAGUGACCAGCAACUCUGGGACCCUGCUGAGGUUAGCUCCCAAUGUGGCUGUGAGCGGGCCUCACAGGAUUCCCUGAGACUCUCCUCCACUAGCUCGUUUCCAGGCUCUAUCGUGGGAGCCCAAACACAUCUCAUCACAGAGAACAGGACCCUGGCCCUACCGGUGUGCAGGCGCAGUGACGGCACCAGUGACAUGGCGCGGCACGGACUCUGCUGUUCCCGGCUUCAGGUGCAGAUGGCGGGGGAGGGCAAGGCUCCGGCUAAAGUCCUAGUAGGCUGGGGCAAAGGCCCUUGCAGCCCCAAACAGAUAGCCCCACUGGGCAUUAGGAAGAGCCAGUGGCUACCGUAUUUUCUUUCAGGGGAGAAUGGCUCAGCUGCAGCCCAAGGUCCUCUUCUGGCUCUGGCCCAAGAUCAGGGCCAGGGCCACCCCCAACCGGGCUCAGGGCCCCCAGAAACCCCCAAGUCCCAGAGGGGUAACCAGGAGAUUUGCAGCUCUCAGCCAGGUCAGCAGCCUCUCAAUGCUUGCAGCAACACCUGCUCCGAUAUGCCACCGUCUGCCUACUAAGUAACAUGCCACAACUCCCUCCCAAUACAGCCUCCCAGGGAAGCCAUGCAGAUACGUGCCCCUACCUGCCAGCUCCAGGAUGCUGUGGAAGACCGUGUGCUGGUGUUUGAUAUGGCCACGGGCAACACCAGAAUGGGGCUGCUGUGCCAUGACCCCAUGGGCUCAAGGGCAGUGCCGGUGGGCCUCAUGCCCAGCCACCCAUCCAUCUAUGCCUCUGAAAAUACGCUGUCCACCCGGCCGUUGGCCAUGCCCAUCCUCUCCCCUGACAGCGAUGGCUCCAGCUUCUGGUCCACCACAUCCAUGGUGUCCAGCCCCGUGCCCUCCAGCCUUUCAUCUGGAAGCUACCGAGAGGUGGCCCUGGUUCCCAAAGAGGCCAGGCUCAACCUGGAGUCACGAGGCUCCCCUGGUACUGAGACACUCAUCAAGAUGGGGAUGCUCACUGGGCGUGUUCCACUGGGAAUGCCCCUCCAAUUUGGAGAGAGGAUACUGAGCCAUGCCUAUGAUCCUGGCUCGUCCAAAACUGACGCUGAAAAAACCGAAACUAGUCACACCAUCUGGAUGCAGGAUGCCUCCGGAAUGCAGGACACCUCUAUGGUCCAGGCCAAGAAACUGCAGUGGACGAACUCAGAGCAGACCCCAGAGCCUGUACCACCAGCCCCAAACCAGCAGGUGCCCAGACCCCUGCUCCAGGAGGAUGUAGGCAGCCACAAUCAGAAAGGGGUCGUUAUUGCUCACCCUGACAACCCUCAGGUCAAAGGUGCUGGGCAUGCCCCCCUCGGUGGUCAGCCCCCACUAGCUGAGCAGCAUCCCCUUUCCAGGCAGCCCCCUUCGACCGGUCAGCCUCCCUCUGCAGAGCAGCGUCCCCUUCCCAGGCAGACCCACCUUUCUGGAUAGCCACCCCUAGCUGAGCAGGCCCCCUCCACCAAGCAGCACCCCCUUCCUGGUCAGGCUCCUCUCACUGGAGCCCCGAUUGCCAGGCAGCUUUCUCUCACUUGGCAGCCUCCCUUUUCCCAAGAACCCCCCAUCUCCAAUGAGUCCACUCUCUCAAUAGGUCCCCCCACCACUAGGGAGCCUGGUCAGGCCUCCACCCUGUGCCAGGAAGGUGAGCCAUUGGGCCCGCCUACCCAUGUGGGGGUACUUCGGGUGACCCCGGCCCCUGAGGAGACCUGUGUCUAUAUAAACAGAGAAAAUGUUGGUGUCAGUGCUGGUCAAAGCUCCAGCUCACAUCGGCUCUCACCCUGGCAACCUGGUGGCUCCCCCAGGGAGCAGUAGGAGCAGCUUUCCCAGAUCACAUUCACCACACCUGGUCCUGGCUGCAAGGUCUUGCCCAUGGCCAUGGUGGGCACUGAGCCCCACGGUCCCCGGUUCAAGCUGACAGCUGAGGACAUUACACACUCGCCAGUGGUCGUGCAGCUUGGCCUUCUCCGAGGGGCCUGCUAUGAGCUGGUGCCCACCAUGGAUGUUCUGCCAGUACGGUCCCCAGUGCUCUGCCGCCAUUCACGGGGCCCCUACCAGGACAUGGCAGCUGUGGUGAUCGACACAGGCACAGGCUUCACCAAAUUUGGACUGGCUGGAGAGGACCACGUCCUCAGUGUGCUGCCGUCAUGAGUCCAGCUGCUCCAGCAUCCAGUCCAGGGCCAGUCCAGGUACGCAGUGCCUGAGAACCAAGAGGGUUCCUACUCGGUGCUGAAUCGAGGAGUGGUGUCCGACUGGGAUGCACUGGAGGUGCUGUGGCAGCACCUGUUCUAUUGCAUGCUGGGUGUGCAGCCCGAGGAGCUGGCUGUGCUUGUGGCGGAGUCACUCACUUCACCACGCACCAACCGGGAAAAGGUGGCUGAAAUACUCUUUGAGCGUUUCCAUGUGCCAGCCAUGCAGACAGUGAAUCAGGCCCUGCUGGCACUCUAUGCUUAUGGGCGGACCACUGGGCUGGUGCUGGGCAGUGGCCAUGGCACCUCCUAUGUAGCACCCAUCAUCACUGGGGAUCUGGCCCCACUUGACACCUACCGGCUGGAUGUGGCGGGUGCUGACCUCACUGAAUACCUGUCUCAGCUGUUGCUGGCAGGUGGCCAGUCACUGUUCAAGGCAUGGCUGGUCAACCAGAUUAAAGAGGCCUGCUGCUAUGUGGCCAUGGACAUGACAGCUGAGAUGGCCCGUGCCCAGGCUCUGGCCCGGGUGGACUUUUUGCUUCCAGACAAGCAGGUCAUCACACUGGGCUCUGAGCGCUUCUGCUGCCCCGAGGCCCUCUUCUAGCCCAAUCUGCUAGGCCUCAAUCACCCGGGCCUUCCACAACUAGCCCUCCUAAGUAUCAGCCGGCUGGAGGCCAAGCAGCAGGAGCAGCUGCUGGCCAAUGUGGUGCUGGACAGUGGCGGCACCCUGUUGAGUGGCUUUCCUGAGCUCCUGAGACAGGAGCUGGGCCCCGGUGCCACUGUGCUGGGCUCUCCGUACCGUGCUGUUGCUGCUUGGCUUUGAGGCUCCAUCAUGGCGUCCCGGGACUCCUUCCAGAGCCUGUGGCUCAGCCGCCGUGAGUACGAGGAGGAGGGCCCAUGGGCCAUCUAUAAGUACCAUCUGUGAGCACAUAAAAGUUCUUUCUGGUUCUGCUUCUUUUGACCACUGUGGCAUAUUUUAGGCACAGGGUGGUGGGGGGAAGGGCAAGGAUCCAGGCAUGUGGUCAGGGAUGGGGACCUUGGCACUCCCAAGGCACACCUUGCCUCUACACACUGGAAUUCCAUGGGCCUUGGCAAUCCUAUCCUUUCCAGAGAGCCCCACAGCCCCACGGCUGACAUUGGCCCUGGUCUAGCCUGACCUUUA